AAAACAAAUUCAAGAACUAGACUUUUCAUCAAGUGAAAGUGAAGAAGAAAUAACUUUUAAAACACACAACUCUGGUCUUGAUUCUGAUGCUUCCCUAGAUGAAGUAGAUAAUGUUGCAACUACUGGAGAACAAACUAUAAUUGAUGAAAAUAUUGAACCAAUCACAGAAAGUCCAAAUGCAAUUGUUAAACCCAUAUGUCACAAAGAACGCAAGUUUUUCAAAACUAGAUCACCAUCCUUAAAUGUAACUGCAAGAGGCAUCCUGUGCCAGAAAGGGUUUGAUCUUAAAUAUUUACCAUGGAAUUCAAAGAAAACAAAUAAAUUUUCCAAGUUUAGAAAUGGUGUUUUACAUAAUUCUUCACUGGCUAAGUCUCCGGUUAAGUCAAGUUCAAAGAAAGGUCUUUUUGGAACUCCUUCAGCAAAAAAUAAACAAAAUAAUGGUUCACCUGCAAUUUCUAAUUUUAUAUGUGCUCCUGGCUUUGAGUUAUCGGUAUCUGAUAACUCUCAUUUGUUGCUGACAAAAGAAACUAUUCCUUCCAAUUGCACCUCUGUGAUUGAAACACCAGCAACAAUCAUUUCAACAGAAAAGAAUGUGCAUACCGA